AUGGGAGUGCAGGAAUGGACUGUGAAGCAGGCAUACUAUCCGUCGAGGUGUAGUUUGGGCGAGGGGCCUUACUAUACAAAGGAGCGGCACGAGCUUCGAUACAUGGAUAUCAACAACAAGAAGCUCUUCAUCAUCGAUCUCAACAAGGGCCCGGAUUCGGUCAAGAUCAUUGACACCAAACAGCCAAUUGGCGUCACUGCCAACAUCGAAGGCGUCGAUUCCUCAGAGGUGAUCUUGGCCGGGGCAAAGGAUGGGGUCACGAAGUUCCACUUGAAGACAGGAGAGCAUGAAUAUGUGGCCAAGUAUUGGACGGGGCCUGAUGCAGAGGAGAAGGCAAAAAGGAUGCGCUCGAACGACGGUGCAGUCGACACUGAUGGUCGUUUCUGGGUAGAAGCGUUCGAUGAUCCCACCAUAACUGAGCUGAAGGAGGAGGGCUGCCUCUUCCGCCUCGACCACGAUGGGACCCUGCACACGGUCUUUGAGAGCAUGACCAUCCCGAACGGCAUCACCUGGAACGAAAGUGACAGCACGAUGUUCCUGACAGACUCGCCGCCCCAGAACGUCUAUGCUUUCGACUACGACAAGAAGACAGGAAGCAUAUCGAACCAAAGGGUGUUCUAUCACCAUGACGAGGAAGGCGUGCACCCGGAUGGCCACGCCAUGGACGUCGAAGGCAACAUCUGGCACGCCUGCUACGGCGGCUCCAAAGUCAUCCGGAUAUCGCCCCAAGGUGUUGUCACAGGGGUCAUCCACCUGCCAACGCGCAACAUCACCUGUCCGACCUUUGCAGGGACUGAGUUGUUCAUCACUAGUGCAGAGGAAGAUGAGCCUGACAAAUUCCCCGAGUCGGCUAAGUUUGCUGGCAAUUUGUUCAAGGUUGAUGUCGGAAUCGAAGGCAUGCCGAAGUACAAGGCUCGCUUGGACUAG